AUGUCUUCUUACCUCAUUACUGGUUGUUCCCGAGGCAUCGGCCUUGCGCUUGCCGGUCUACUUGCAUCCAAGCCUACUUCCGAAGUUGGCAAGAUCUUUGCUGGCGCUCGAAAGGAAACCGACGCUUUGAAGAAACUGAUCGCAGAAUCUAACGGCCGUGUCGAGUUUGUCUCUAUCGAGGUUACGAGAGAGCAGAGUGUGAAGCAAGCCUUCGAAGCGGUCAAGAAAGCCCUCGGCAACAAUGGACUGGAUGUACUCAUCAACAACGCCGGCAUCAUGAACCACACUAAGGACGGCAUUGAGCAUAUGUCUGAUCUUGCAGAAACUUACAACAUCAACGUUAUAGGCGUCCAUAACGUCACGAGCACUUUCCUACCGUUGCUGAGGAGAGGAAGCCAGAAGAAGAUUAUCAAUAUCUCGACCACUCUUGGCUCCAUAGGCAUGGCCGGCCACUUUAUGUUUCAGCCCACGCCUGCCUACAAGGUAGCUAAGGCUGCCCUUAACAUGCUUACUGUGCAAUAUGCACACGAACUCAAAAGCGAAGACAUUACUGUCAUUGCUGUUUGCCCAGGUUGGGUGAAGACUGAUCUAGGAAGUCAGGCUGCGCACAUCUCUGUCGAACAGAGCGUUAAUGGCCUGGUUGACAUUAUCUUCAACGCUGAUGUCAGCAAAACGGGUGGUUUCCAGGUAGUUAAGGUUCCCGGUUUCGAGAUUAACGGGCGAGAAUUGUACGAUGGGUCGAACCGACCCUGGUAA